AUGACAAUGUUUAUUAAUGGUCUCAAAUAUAUCACAACAUGUCAAAGUCGAUUUAGUCGUAAAUCUAUCGAUGACAUUGUUACUGAACAAUAUAAAAAUAUAUCCACAAUUGCAUUUCAAGCAUUAGAACUAAUCUUUCAUAAAUACCAAUUUAAAAAUGUAUUAAAAAAAUUAAAAAUUCGUGCUCAACGUGAAUAUAAAAUCGUUCAAUAUGUUCAACGUCUAAUACGUCAACGAUCAGAUAUUGUUAUACGUCGAACGGAUAAGAGGAAAGUAUUUUAUAUUGGCAAAGCAGCUGAUUUUGAACGGAAAGCAGAAGAAUAUGUGUUAAAAACUGAAGCUUAUGAAGAAAUUAAAAAUGAAUUAGGUUAUUAUCAUGGUAUACCUAAACCACAUAAACCUGAAACACCAUUACAACCUAUAGUAGCCAGUAUACAUGCACCUGCAACGUUGGUAUCAAAAUUUUUGAAUGAUAUUUUAGCACCUAUCUAUUUGAAAGUUACUCGUAAAUAUACAUUUAUUAAUGAUAUAGACAAGGGGGAAACGGCGGAUUCCUGA